AUAAUAAUGCCGGACGAGGAGAACAAAAAAGCAGACAGUCCAACCACCGUUGAUGAGAGUAAUUUGCUCGGUGAAAUCAGCUCGGACGAGGAAGAUUCGUUGGCGAAGCGAGCCACACCUUCUCCUUCAAAUCUUGAACAAACAACUUUCUUCACAUAG